AUGUUCCAAGUCCGACUCGUGCUGUGUCAGAUCUUCCUCUGGGCCAUGUCAUUUGCUCCCACACCCCACGCAACAUCCGCCGAAAGCCAGUGGAAAUGGCUUAACUACAAUGCGUCAGCCAUCUCUCCCAUCGGGGAGGUCAUCACUAUUCAUACUCCACCAGACACCGACAUUUGGAGGCCUUCGUUGGAGAAGGACAACUUCACGGCACCGUACCUGUACACUAGCAUUCCAACCGCCAACUUUGAGAGCGUAAAAGUCACCGUGCAGGCAGAUUGGAAGACUCUCUUCGACCAAGGCGGCCUUGUCAUUACUUUUCCGGAGCGACAAGGACACAACUAUUUGCAGUGGAUCAAGGCAGGAGUCGAGUUUACGGACGGAGCGCCCUACCUCGGCGUUGUCGGCACCGACAGACUGUCCGACUGGAGCUUAAGCCCAAUGCUGCAGGGCGCUGAUACUGGAACCGCAAGUAUCGAGAUUGUUCGUGAUGGGGCGGACGCUUGGGUGUAUGCGAUAGAGGGAACCACGCGCCGGGCUCUGCGGCAGGUUACAUGGGCUUUUGGGGAAGGCUGCUCCGAGAAGAUGCAUGUUGGAAUUUAUGCGGCGAAACCAACUCGGGAAUCUGGAGAGGGUCAUGAGUUCGAUACUCUUGCUGUUACAUUUAAGGCGUUCAGCUUGAAAACGAAGAGCUGA